AUGUAUCCUGAACUGACCCUUCCACUUUUUUCAGAGGUAAGCCAGCGAUUUCCAACAACACAUCCGAACGGAAGACAGAUCAUGCUUACUUAUCUGCUGCCAUGGCUUCAUAAUAUUGAACUUGUAGACAACAGACUCCUCCUCCCUGGUUCAAGCCCUACCACUCCAGAAGAUGAACUGAAGGACAAGGAUGGGGAAAUGACAGUCACAAGUGGACUAAAAGGCAAUGGCUGGGGCUCUCCUGAGGCCACUUCACUGGUUCUCAAUAAUCUCAUGUAUAUGACAGCCAAGUACGGAGAUGAAAUUCCUGGACCAGAGAUGGAAAAUGUCUGGAAUGCUUUGGCCAACAAUGAAAAAUGGAGUAACAACCUUAGGAUAACACUGCAGUUUCUCAUUAGUUUGUGUGGUGUUAGCAGUGAUACCAUCCUUUUAUCUUAUAUAAAAAAGGUUGCAAUAUAUCUAUGCCGCAAUAACACUAUUCAGACAAUGGAAGAGCUCCUUUUCGAGCUGCAGCAAACCGACCCAGUGAACCCAAUAGUCCAGCAUUGCGAUAAUCCUCCAUUUUACCGUUUUGCUGCCAGUAACAAAGCCUCAGCUGCAGCUUCUGGAACCACCUCUAGCAGUAACACUGUUGUAGCUGGCCAAGAUAGUUUUCCUGAUGCAGAGGAGAACAGGAUGGUGAAAGAGACUGAUGAAAG